AUGUCUAGCCGUCCUCGUGCUUCCGCGUCUGUCUCUCAGAGUGAUGCCAGGCGGUCCUGGCGGGUGAACGCCUACUCGGGCGGUCGGUCGGUAGACUUCCUCUCCCACUACAACGUGCUGGAAAAUGUGAGGGGCGUGCCGACUUCGGUAGCGUUCAGCGCCCCUUCCCCUUACCCGACAACCGUCCGCUGCUAUGAGGGGCCCAACGGCACCGGCCAUAUGACGGCCGUCAACUUCGGUCCCAACAGCAACCGGCGGUUUGAGGUCGGGGAGUUCAUGAGCUGGGAGGUGUUGCGUCGGGCUUAG